UUGGUCCACCCCGCAGCUUUCCGUUCAGCUUGAGGGUCCGCCAUAUUAGAAUUUCAGUGAAAGGUUCUUUGUCACUUCGCGAUUUUUUUUGUUCGAAUUCACGCCAAGCAAAGUCCUUCAAAAGCUCUUUCUGCUUAAUAAUAAUACAGGUGUAGAAGAUGGCUGAAGACUUUGAUAUUGAAGCCAUGCUGGAGGCCCCCUACAAGAAGGAGACUACUCCAGUGAAAAGCAAAAGCAAGGAUGACAAACGCCGUUACAGUUCCAGUGAUGAUGACGAUGAUGAUAGAAAGCGAGGAAGAAAGAGGCGGAGCACAAGUCGCAGCAGAUCACGCAGUCCUAGUAGUAGGUCUCGUAGGAGUAAUGGGCACAGUAGAGGAAGAAGAGAUGACAGGAGAGGUGGAAAAAGGCGCAGCUUUAGCCGCAGCAAAAGUCGAACUCCUCCACGACACAGGCGCCGUAGCAGAAGUCCUAACAAGAAACACAGUAGGAGCAAAAGUCGCACACCACCAAGGCACAGGCGAAGAAGCCGUAGCCCCAGAAGGGAGAGCAUUGAUCGCAAAAGACGUUCAAGUUAUGAGAGCCCUAGUCCACAACCCUUUCCGAGUCCUGUACGAAAACCUCCAGAGCCCAUGACAGAAGAGUCUGCAGAGGAGAAAGAUCAGAGAACAGUGUUUUGCAUGCAGCUUGCAAGGAACAUUCGGCCCAGAGAUCUGGAGGAGUUUUUCUCCAAAGUUGGACAAGUAUCUGAUGUCAGGAUUAUCUCUGACAGAAAUUCAAGGAGAUCCAAGGGCAUUGCUUACAUUGAAUUCACUGACAAAUCAGCAGUUCCUUUGGCCAUUGGACUAUCAGGACAAAAGCUUCUUGGUGCUCCAAUAAUGGUGAUGCUCACACAAGCAGAGAAGAACAGACUAGCUGCAGAAGCAGAACGGUUAAAGCAACCUCUAGGACCUACACGCCUGUAUGUUGGCUCUCUCCACUUCAAUAUAACCGAAGCAAUGGUCAAAGCUGUCUUUGAGCCUUUUGGUACAGUUGACAGUGUGCAGUUGAUAUAUGACUCGGAGACCAACAGAUCAAAGGGCUAUGGCUUUGUGCAAUUCCGGGAAGCUGAGGCAGCCAAGCGCGCCAUGGAACAAAUGAAUGGCUUUGAGCUUGCUGGACGGCCACUCAAGAUUGGUCCAGUGACAGAAAGGGGUGACUCGUCUGCCUACUCGUUCCUUGAUGAUGAAGAGUAUGAGAAGGGUGGGGUGGAGCUGAACUCCUCCGCCCGUGCUGCUCUCAUGGCCAAGCUAUCUCAGGGUCACUCAGCUGGCUUGAGUGUUCCUGGUGCUCCUCCUAUUGUGUCGGGGGUACAGCAAGCUUUGGCCACACCAGUUGCUGUAUCUCUACCAACGCCAUGUUUCAUGCUGACAAACAUGUUUGAUCCCACCAAAGAACGGGAUGCUGGUUGGGAUCUGGACAUCAGAGAUGAUGUUCUCGAGGAGUGUAAUAAAUUUGGUCCAAUUGUCCAUAUCCAUGUUGACAAAAACUCGCCACAGGGGAUAGUGUACGUUAAGUGUGCCACUCCUGAUAUUGCCAUUAGUGCUUCCAAGUCACUUCACGGCCGUUGGUUUGCAGGCAAGCAAAUAAUUGCAGCCCCAGUUCCCCUAUCCAACUACCACACCAUGUUCCCGCAGUCCAUCUCUGCUACAAGGUCUCUUCAGCCAUCCACAGCAUGAUUACUACACCCAGCUAGUGAUGUGUGAUAUGUUCAUCUUUUAACUGUGCACCCCAAGGGGGGUACUACCUAUAUCCAUCAGACGGGGAUCAUUGUCGUAUCUUUUAGGGUGUAAAUUUGGAGCCUUGGGUGGUAUCUUUUAGAGAAUGCCCAGAUUUUUUUUACCUUGGUAUCUUUUAGGGUGCUAUUAUAGCCAUCUCUCAUCUAACUUGUAGCUCCAUUAGAGUCAGGUUUAAAUAAACGAUUUUAUAACAAAUUAUUUAUUUUUGUUUGAGGUAUCUUUAGGGGGUGGAUUCAUGCCUAACCACGCCCACUUUAGUAUCUUUUAGGGUUAAAAUAUAACCAGACCACGCCCACUCUAGUAUCUUUUAGGGUUGUUUCAAGAAAUCCCGACAAUGAUCCCCGUCCAUUUGAUAUCGGAGUACCCCCCAGGCUUUGCACAUUCCUGCAGCUCAGUUUUGGCAAUGUAUUGGAUUUGCUAUGUUGAACAAAUUCCACGUGCCCCCAUAGCAGGCUUUCAUUGGUUUUAUUUUAGCAGAAUGUUUUCUUUAGAUCAAACUAGUAUUUUGUUAUUUCAUCUUAGUUUCUUGUGUAUUGUAAAAUGUAUAAUGUUUACUCAUGUCCAUUAGAUUUUCAAUCAAUCUCGUGUUCAUUAUGAUUCCAAUUUUAGGUUUACAAUCUUAGUUGUUGUUAUGCAGUGUAAAUGUUUGUAUAGUUUGCUGUACCCUAUGGGUUUAAUUGUUAGAAUCUUGGAUACUUAUCUUCAGUCAACUUGCUGACGGAUUCCCAGCCAAUAUUUUAACUGACUGUAUUUAGUGUCGUAGAUUGAGAGAUUGUAUUUGAUCUUCAUUGUGUAAAUAGUUAGAAUAAAGCAGCUAUAUUCUUGCUUUGUUGAAUAAAAGAAAAUGAAAAUUG